AUGGUUGCCCGAGCGGUGACUCCAUUAGCCAAGUUAAUUGGUGAGCUCGGUGAAGAGAGCGUGACAGUAGAAAACAAAAUCAUAAACACCAGAAAACCACCGAAAACCGAUUCGUCCGACGAUGAGGUCGGACGAUGCUACCAGGCGGCCAUAAACGCGCCGGCGCCAACUCUACGCACAAUGACGUCAGUACACUGCAAUCGAGCGCAUCGCAUCCCCAAAGAGCGGGCGCACUCGGAAACGACCGAUAGCGCACCGAAGCAACGGCCCGGCUGUAAAACGCGAAACGCCCGCGCCGAUAUAGAAACUUUCACGCGGCCGUCUUCGGUAAGGCCGACGUCCGGUGGUCAUCGAACGUCCAAUCGAGGCGUCGUCGUUAUAAACCUGUUCGGUGCCGCAUCGGAUUGCAUCCAUCCCGCGCCGGCCUAUAAAUAUGACGCCGAGGCGUGCCCGCUUCAGUCGUUCAGGGGAGCUCGAGGCGAGAACCACGUGCCAAAUCCAGAAAUCGCAACGUGCCGACGUGCCUUGUGUUGUGUACGCAUCCGCAUCCCGUUGUCUAUAACGCAACGCGCGCUCUACUUCGCGAUCAGACUGUGUGACUUUCUGUUGACGGUUGAAGACAUUCUGUGCCUCACGAUGCUGGACAAGACUAUUGUGGGCGGCAGUUGGGAGAGCGUGGUGUCGAGAGACGACUACGAGAUAGACUACAGCCCGAGUCCAAGGGGGUCACCUUUGAAGGACACGUCCAACAUCCAAGAGGAGCACGCCUUUUGCAUCAGCCGUCACAAUCCAAACAAGACUUUCCGUCGCGAAUCUGUGAUAGCCUCAUGGAGGAGUCUGAAGAAAGAGAGGGAACAGGCGCUGGGCAAGCGAUUCGUUUACGUUGACGCGGACAAUUACGAGGACUAUUACGGCCGCAAUAAAGUGAAACGCUGCAAGAGCGAUAGGACAGCCAAUAUUCCUCGCGUGAACAGAAAGGUCAAGCGAACGUACUCCGUGCUGUACAGAUACGACCCGACGGAGGAGAAGGUGGUCAAGGAGUACAAAUACCAGAUCCCCAGGGAGCCGGACACGCCGGUGUACUCGGGCAUGCAAAAGUCGUACUCUGAGCCGUUCCUCAGGCCGGAGACCGCGCCGAAGAAGAAAGCGAAGAGAUCCUUCACAACGCUGCUGAGCAUCAAAACGAAAUUCCUCAACAUAUUCGCUUCAAAGAUU